UUCAGAGCUUUGUUUCAGAAUUACUGCCUUGAUUAUACGUUUGAAGAUGUUUCAGUUCAAUCACAUGUCAUCAUUGUUUCUUUGCAGUCAUUUGUUCAAUAAUUCCAGCUUUCAGCUCUUCGUUUCCAGCGUGGUUUAAAAUUUUUGUUUCAUAAUGUUCCUGCAGCCGGAUGUCUACACAAACCGCUGCACAUCUGCACAUUUCCUUGUGUGGCAUCAGUGCGUCGGCAGUAGUACAUCUGACUAUUCUCGCUUUAUUUCUUUCCAGCGCCCUGAGGUCCCCCAUGGGUGUCCACGGUCUGACCUCGUACGUGGAAGGCCAUAGACACCUUCUCAAAGAUGUCAAGCUCAGGGACAGCCGCCUCGUGAUCGACGGCUCCAGCCUCUACUAUCGCCUCUACUUUAACAGCGGGCUGGACCAGCAGCGUGGAGGAGACUACGACCAGUUCUCUCUCCGCCUGCAGCAGUUCUUCUCAGCGCUGAAAACCUGCAGCAUCCAGCCUUAUGUGGUUCUGGAUGGAGGGAUGGAUCCCAGCGACAAGAAGUUUGCCACUCUGCGGCAGCGUCUGCAGUCCAAGAUAAAGGAGGCGGACCAGCUCGCUCAUGGCCGCAGCGGAAGCGUUCUUCCCAUCCUCACACGACACGUCCUGAUCCAGGUCCUCACCCAGAUGGGAGUCCCCCUGGUGCAGUGUCCAGCCGAGGCGGACUGGGAGAUUGCCUGUUUGGCACGCCAGUGGAACUGCCCAGUGCUGACCAGCGACAGUGACUUUUAUAUAUUUGACCUUCCAGGGGGUUAUCUGCCAUUCCAGUUUUUCCGCUGGAAUCACCUCAGCGGCAACGCCAGUAACCGCUACAUCUCCGCUCGCUGCUACACCGUCUCUGGCCUCUGCCAGUGGUUUGGUAGCAUUCACCACGAGACGCUGGCCUUGGCCGCCGUCUUAAUUGGAAAUGAUUAUGGUGCUCCGAAAGAGGCGAAUAAAGUCUUUGCUAUGUUGAAUGAGAAUAGUUUCUCGGGUAGAGGCGGAGGAUCUGCUUCGCGUAUCGACGGCCUCCUCCUCUGGCUCUUCUCUUUUCGUAAUGUAGCAGAGGCCUUAGAGGAUGUGAGUGCGUUCAUGGCUGGAGGCAAUAAAGGACAAGUGGGUGUAAUCACUCACAAGCUGAGGGAAGCCAUGCAGGAAUACAGCAUCGACUCUCCGAGCUCCCUGGCUCGCUGGUUCUCUGGAGCUGGCAGUGCGGUUCUGGGGGGGCAGAUCUCACUGCUGCCACAGUGUUUGUCACUGGUUGCGGCACAAGGGCUUCUUCCUCAGUGGGUGAUAGAUGUUUUAGUGAAGCACAGAGCCAUGCUCAUCGCACAGGUGGAGAACAGUAAGUUAGCCAGCAGUCACUGUGUUUCUGAGACGAUACGCCAGGCCGUGUAUGCGAUCUUACUGCAGAAGCCCAGAGCAGGUGGAGGUCCUCAGCAGGCGGCUGGACCACAGGGAGGGAGAGGUGGGAGAGGACGUGGUGGAGGCAGGGGUCCGAGCCACGGGUUGCCUGCACAGCAUACAGGAGCGGCUCCACUUUUUGUGGAGGAGUAUGACCGUCUGGACCUCAACAUGAAGAUCAAAAGUGUGGCGGUACAGCCUCUCAGAAAUCAUUUACACCUGGAAGGGAUUGCUGAGGUAAACCUGAAAAGAAAACUGCCUGCGGCUGUGCGCCUCAGUGUUCUUCUGGAAACCCUGGGAUAUCAGAGUCCGCUCUGUCUCCUGUUCCCCCACAUGCAGCUGGCGGUUGCAGUGACGGCGUUCUGGAUGCAAAAUGCAACACCAAAACCUUCCCAACCCCAGCUGCAGGCUUUGCUGCUUUGCAUGGUUUACGGAGAACUGUCCCGGAUUUUCCAGCCCGAGGCUGCUGACCACCAACACUCCCUCAAUCACGUAAACUGGGCGACAGAGCGUGGAGUGCAGCCGGGGCUAGAUCGACAGCGUGUGAGAGCGGGGGAGAGGCGAGGCCUGGAUCUCGCCGUGGCUCACGGUUUCAGCCAGUGGCAGGCCUGCCUCUGGAGCUCACUGUGCCUGAAUCAGCUGCUGCUGCUGCCGCUGCCUGCACCCCAUCUGCCACGUUUGUUCAGCGGUACCUUGGCCCACGGCCUCGUCAGGUAUCUGAAGGGGGGCCGACCGGCAGAGAGCCUGCUACCUGUGGGAUCCUUCUCUGGGAAACUCUACGCAUCUCUGCUGAGUUCUGUGAAGAGCUGCGUCUCCGGCCGAUGGGUUCUCCUUGUCGACGGGCAGGAGAACAGAGGCAGAGGCCAGGGGAGGAGAGGAAGAGGGGGAGGCGGAAGAGGAAGAGGAAGAGGAAGAGGAGCUCAGGGACGCGGUGGAGGUGUCGAUGAGCUCGCUAACAGAUUUGCACUCCUCAUGUCCGAGGAAGAGUUUGAUGAUGACUAACAUGGAGAAGAAUAAAGAGGCUGAUUUAUUUUUUUUUUCCGAUGGGCCCAAAUGAAGAGGGACGAGUCAGUCGUUUGCAAAACGUACUCAGGGAUAUAAAUCUUUGUAACGCACCUUAAUGUCAACCUGUUUUAAGUGUCCCGCAGUGUUUUAACUCCCAUCUGACUGUUUUUAUAUUCAAAUCAUGUGUCGUCAAGACAAAUGUAUCAAAACAUCUGAUCGGUUUUCCUGUAGUAACUUCUUGACAUGUUUUAAUCUACUUUUACAUGCUGGCGUUUAUCACUGAAAUUUUAUUUAUCUAUGUGAAAACAUGCUUUUAACUGGAAUGUUGAGUAUGGACCAGAAAACUAUCUGGCUAUCAACACAGUGAUCAAUUUACGAUAUGCCACUUAUUUGCUGCUGCCUUAAUAUUUUCAAAUGAAGUGUUCUUAAUUUGUUUUGUUAUCAUGAGAAUCAAACUUGCUUUUUACAUGUCAGUAUUCACUGUAUUUUCUACUUGUCCUCAAGUAUUUUCUACGACUGGCAAUGGCAUCAUGAUUUAAAGACGUAACGCGAUGUAGCAGACGAAUUACUGAAACAGCUUUAUUGUUUACCUGUAAAAUAAAAUAUAUCCACACUCAUAACAGCAAGAGGUUUACCAGCCACAAAACUGAAAAGAAAAGAAAAGAAAUGUAAUAAAAAAUGUUUUAAAUCCUGUUUACAAUAAAAUUUCUUUACACA